AUGCACAAACAAACUGCCCAUUCAUAUGCCAAUCCGGCUCCCAUCACCACAAGAUACUCGCGCAUCCCCUCAGCCUUCUCUGUUUCAGCAAACCCCGGCGAAGAUUGGACCAAGAUUUCAGAUCUCGCUGAGCGCAGGCGGGUACAGAACCGCAUUGCCCAACGCAACUACCGCAAGAAGCUCAAGAAGAGGCUCGAAGAGUCAGCUACACGAGGAAAGCCGGGCCUGCCUGGUCACUGGCAGCGCUGCGCAGAUAUGACAGGGCAGAAGCCGUACCUUACACUAAACCAGGGCAAUCUAUGCGUCAAGCUCUGGUGA